CUCUCUCUCUCUUUCCGCCCUCCUCUUUUAAAGACGACGCCACCGCCACCCCUCGCGCCUCUCCAGCCUCGCCGCCCUCCCCUUCUCAUCGCAGCUCCCACCUCGCGGGCGCCCUACGCCCCACGGGCUCGCGGUGUUGCGUGCGUGCGUGCGUGCGUGCGUCUGCGGUGUCCCCGGCCGAUUCCCGAAUUCGCGCGCGCGUCACCGUCGAUUCCGUUUCCAUUGCGGCCGGUGUGUUGUUGGAUUGGAUCAUAGUAUUCGUGUAAAUAAGGGCAUCAUCCGCACGCCCGGAAUCACUUCCCAACCCCAAUUUCCCGGGCUCCUCGGCGCCGAUCCCUCGCCGCCUCGCCGGUGUUGCUUUCCGGCGGCGGUUUCUGCUGCGUGCCGCGGGCAACAGGCGCAGGCGGCGCGGCUGUAUCCUUGUCGUGCCACCAUCCAUGGAGGCGAAGCAGCGGCCGCGGCACGGCGAGGAGAGGAGGCCGCCGGCGACGGACAACAGCGGCGGCGGCGGCGGCGAGGAGUACGACCCAUGGACGGCGUGGCUCUACAAGCCGCACACUAUCUCGGUGCUCCUCGUCGGCGCGUGCCUUCUCAUCUGGGCAAGUGGAGCACUUGAUCCUGAAGGUGCUGCUGCUCACAGUAGCGUGACAUCAAUCAAGAGGGGUGUCUGGGCUAUGAUUGCAGUCUUCCUUGCCUACUGCACGCUUCAGGCACCUUCAACGAUACUUAUUAGGCCCCAUCCUGCUGUCUGGCGCCUGGUACAUGGACUGGCUGUCGUUUACCUCGUUGCUCUUACCUUCCUUCUUUUCCAGAAUCGUGACGAUGCUCGCCAAUUCAUGAAACACCUUCACCCUGAUCUUGGAGUUGAAUUGCCGGAGAGAUCUUAUGGAGCCGAUUGCCGUUUGUAUGUUCCAGAAAACCCUAAAAACAAGUUCAUAAAUAUUUAUGAGACAUUGUUUGAUGAAUUUGUCGUUGCCCAUAUCCUUGGGUGGUGGGGUAAAGCUGUAAUGAUACGGAAUCAACUUCUCCUUUGGGUCUUGUCAAUUGGCUUUGAGCUAAUGGAGCUAACGUUCAGACAUAUGUUGCCAAACUUUAAUGAGUGCUGGUGGGAUAGCAUUAUCUUGGAUAUCUUGAUCUGCAAUUGGUUUGGUAUUUGGGCAGGAAUGCACACAGUCCGUUACUUUGAUGGCAAAACGUAUGAAUGGGUUGGACUGAGCCGCCAACGAAGCAUCAUGGGUAAGGUGAAAAGAUCGUUGAGCCAGUUCACCCCUGCUCAAUGGGACAAGGAUCAGUGGCAUCCUUUCAUGGGGCCACUGCGGUUCAUCCAAGUGCUGUUCCUCUGCGUUGUCUUCAUGACCGUGGAGCUUAACACAUUCUUCCUUAAGUUUUGCCUUUGGAUCCCUCCAAGGAAUCCCUUGGUCGUCUACAGAUUGAUCCUCUGGUGGCUGAUUGCCAUCCCAACCAUCCGCGAGUACAACUCCUACUUACAAGACAGCAAACCGGUGAAGAAGGUUGGAGCCUUUUGUUGGCUCUCUCUGGCUAUAUGCAUAGUGGAGCUGCUUAUCUGCAUGAAGUUUGGGCAUGGAUUGUUUCAUGACCCAAUGCCAACCUGGCUGAUCAUCUUUUGGAGCUCGGUUGGGAUUGCACUUGUGAUUUUCUUGCUUUCAUGGUCAUGGAGGAGUCACCAAAGAUUCAGGAGAAAGCGGCUGUGAUAGACUGCAAGAACUUAUCUCAGAUUAUUUCAAUUCGCUUGUUUAUUUUCUUUUUCAUUUUUAUAUAGGCGCUGUACAUAUUUGAUAUGAUACGUGAUGUAACUUACGUUUUAGGGGAGCCCCAUUUUUCUGCUGCUCCUGGCAGGGACUUGGUUUGUCACGAUAGAUCAUUGUUGUCAACAUGAGAUUGAUAAAUAAAUGAGAUAGCUGCAGCAUCAAGAUCACUGCAUAUUUGGGUUGGAAACUUCUUCUGGGCCAAUAAUGCACAGUUCUGUAAUACCUAUCUCUAUCUUGGAUGGUGUAUCAUUUA